AUGUUGCUUGAGUGCUACGAUCGAGAUAUUUCGUAUGGAAUACUUGUGAAUGUCCAGGCCGGAUUCGAAGAUGUGCUGAUGUUGGGUCGAUUUGUCGAGAAGCUUUCAAGUGUUGCCGGCUACCAACAGGUACGCGUUGACGAAGGCAAUUUUUCGGCAAUGAUGUCAGGGGGUUUGGAACACGAAGAUGACACUGGCGAAGAGGACUUUGACGAGUAUGACACCGACGAAGAAGACGUUGACGAAUCCAAGGAGUUUGGUUCGAAAUCGGAAGCGAAGAUGAAUGUGCAACGUCCUCGUCCAAUCUUGAUGGGUGCAAGAUUCAAAUAUCUCUUGCAUAAUGUGAUGAUGCAGAGUCGAUCAAACCCGACCGACAUCCACCGUGAUUUUGAGCAGCAUCAGAGUGGACAGUUGCCUCUCACCGUGUUUGUGGAUCUCGCCGAGGUCACUUUCAAGCCGGAGUUGGCUAAAUUCAAGAUGCCGGAGCUGGAUGAUGAUAUCAUCGGAUUGAUUUCACGACGUGCUUUUGAUGUAGCUGGCGCAUCUUGUGGCAUAAAAGUGUUACCGGUUAGUGGUUUCAAACAAUACAUCGAGCAGUAUACCAAGGAUAUCACCGAUAACACGGGCGAAGCAAACAAAGUCUGCUAUGAGCAAGUGAACGAUCGCUGGGAGGUUGGCCUGUGUGUCAGCGAGAGAGGCUUUCAACAAGUCUCAUUUACCAACUCGAUUGCUACGACAAAGGGUGAUCGUCAUGUGGAUUAUGUUGCCUCAGCAUUUUUUCUCGUCUCUUCUCUUUUCGAUUGCUACCAACUCGAACCCGAACCGGAAAUUGCAUAUGGAAGUCAAUCACCGGGACUUUCUUUCACCACGAAGAUCACGCGAGUUACGUUUUGCAAGGCGCCGGCCAGAAACACCCCACAUUCG